AUGUUUAAGACUUUAUCAAAGACACUUUUAACUGUACCAAAUGUUGCUAAAUAUCAAACUAUAGCUAUCAAAAGAAAAGCAAAUCAAUCAGAUUAUAUUGAUACCAUAAGAAAUAUAGGAUCGAUUGUACAUGCAUCACGUACACAUUCAUCUGGAUUGGUAGCAACAGUAUUUGGUGUUACAGGAUUUACAGGACGUUAUAUUGUACAACUUUUAACUAAAUCCGGUAUUCAAGUUGUAGUUCCAUAUCGUGGUGAAGAUUAUAGUUUCCGUGAUCUCAAGGUUCUCGGUGAACUCGGUCAGAUCAUCCCAGUUCGUUAUGACAUCCGUGACCAAGAUUCAAUCGAGCGUGCCAUGUCACACUCUAACAUCGUCAUCAACAUGAUCUCACGUAAUUAUGAAACCCGUAACUUUUCAUUCGAAGAUGUCAACAUUGAUGCCGCCACAAAGAUUGCCAAGUUGAGUAAAUCAUUGGAUAUUGAGAAAUAUGUACAUGUCUCUGCUUUGAAUGCAUCUGAAGAGUCUGCAUCAAAGUGGUCGCGUACCAAGGCAGUCGGUGAGAAGGCCGUCAAGGAAAUCCUUCCAAAUUGUACCAUAGUUAGACCAAGCAUCAUGUUUGGUGAUGAAGAUCGUUUAAUCAAUAAGUGGUCAAGAGUUGUCGCUUUCUCACCAUUCAUUCCACGUUACAACGAGGAUUUGAAGUUCCAACCAUUACACUGUGUAGACUUUGCCAAUGCAAUGAUGUCGAUUUUGGAGUUACAAUCGGCAGCCGGUAAGACCUACGAGUUGGGAGGUGACGAGAUCUUUGCUUGGGGACAAUUCUUGGAUAUGAUCACAGAGGCAACCGUACAACAAGACAAGAGAAAUAUACCAGUUAGCUUCGAGGCAAUGAGAUUCGCCACCAAGUUCCUCGAAUACAUGCGUGAUCCAGUGUUCCUUGCCGACGAGUUGGAAUACCUCAACCAAGAUCUCUUGGUAUCUGCCGAUGCACUCACCUUGAAGGACUUGAAGAUCAAGCCAACCCCAAUCCAAGAGAAACUCAUUCGUCUCUCUCGUAUGUUCCGUCCAUCAAGAUAUUUCAAUGCCAUUGCCAACCCACAAAAUAAAUAA